AUGGUGGACAAGAUUCGACGAGACAUGAACCGCGCACUCGGCAAUGUUGCUAUAGUGACGUCAUCAGAGGGGGAUGACAGGAACGGCAACUACGGGUCCACAUAUAUAAACAGGGAUGACAGGAACGGCAACGACGGGUCCACAUAUAUAAACAGGGAUGACAGGAACGGCAACUACGGGUCCACAUAUAUAGACGGCCGUAACAGUAGUGGCAACUACGGGUCCACAUAUAAUAACAGCGAUUACAGGAACGGCAACUACGGGUCCACUUAUAUAGCCAGCAAUGACAGGAGUGGCAACUACGGGUCGACAUAUAAUAACAGCGAUUACAGGAACGGCAACUACGGGUUCACUUAUAUAGACAGCAAUGACAGGAGUGGCAACUACGGGUCCACAUAUAUAGACAGCGAUGACAGGAGUGGCAACUACGGGUCCACAUAUAUUAACAGCGAUUACAGGAACGGCAACUACGGGUCCACUUAUAUAGCCAGCAAUGACAGGAAAGACAGCGAUGACAGGAGUGGCAACUACGGAUACACAUAUAUAGACAGCGAUGACAGGUGUGGCAACUACGGAUACACAUAUAUAGACAGCGAUGACUGGAAAGGCAACUACAGGUCCACAUAUAAAGACAACAAUGAAGGAAGCGGCAACUACGGGUCCACAUAUAUUAACAGCGAUGACAGGAACGGAAACUACGGGUCCACAUAUAUAGACAACGAUGACGGGAGCGGCAACUAUGGGUACACAUAUAUAGACAGCGAUGACGGGAACGGCAACUACGGGUCCACAUAA